CUCACGAUGGCGUCCUGCUCCCCGGCUGUACGUUUCUGCCAGAAGCUGAACAGGCUGAAGACCCUGGAGGACGACAUGAUGGCGACGUCCCUCAGACGUUGCUUGUCCACGCUGGACCUGGCACUGCUCGGCGUGGGCGCCAUGAUCGGCUCGGGACUUUACGUUCUCACGGGGGCCGUCGCUAAGGACACGGCGGGACCGGCGGUCGUGGUGUCCUUCCUGGUGGCUGGUGUGGCCUCUCUUAUGGCGGCCCUCUGUUACGCUGAAUUCGGUGCUCGCGUCCCUAAAACUGGCUCCGCCUACAUGUUCACGUAUGUUUCUGUUGGGGAGAUCUGGGCCUUUCUGAUUGGCUGGAACGUCAUCCUGGAGUACAUGAUUGGUGGUGCGGCGGUGGCCCGUGCCUGGAGUGGCUACCUGGACUCUAUUUUUGAUCACCGCAUCCGGAAUUUCACCGAAAGUCACGUGAUGCGAUGGAAUGUACCCUUCCUCGCUCAAUACCCAGACUUCUUAGCGGCAGGAAUUCUGUUGGUUGCUUCGUUCAUCAUUUCAUUCGGCGUGCGCGUGUCGUCCUGGCUGAAUCACGUCUUCUCCGCCGUUAGCAUGCUUGUUAUAGCAUUCAUCCUCAUUUUUGGAUUUGCCCUGGCCGAUCCGGUGAAUUGGAGUGCACGAGAGGGGGGGUUUGCCCCCUUCGGGUUUUCGGGCAUCAUGGCGGGAACGGCCACCUGCUUUUACGCGUUUGUGGGGUUUGAUGUGAUCGCUGCAUCCAGUGAGGAGGCGCGUGACCCUCGGAAGGCUGUUCCUAUAGCGACUGCCAUCUCAUUGGCCCUGGCGGGCACGACUUAUAUUCUGGUCUCGAUGGUUCUGACUCUGAUGGUUCCUUGGCACACACUGGACCCGAACUCAGCGCUCUCUGAUGCCUUCUUCCGGCGUGGGUACAGCUGGGCCGGCUUCAUCGUUGCUGUAGGAUCUAUUUGCGCAAUGAACACGGUGCUGCUGAGCAACCUCUUCUCCCUGCCUCGGAUCGUCUACGCCAUGGCCGAGGACGGCCUCUUCUUCUCCGUCUUCUCUCGGGUUAAUCCGGUCACCAAAGUUCCCGUCAUCGCCAGCCUGGUGUUCGGGAGUCUGAUGUCUAUUCUGGCGCUCAUCUUCGACCUGGAGGCGCUGGUUCAGUUCCUCUCCAUCGGCACGCUGUUAGCCUACACGUUCGUAGCAGCCAGCGUCAUCGUGCUCCGUUACCAACCUGAUAAAACCAGCGGUGCUAAAAAGGACACGGCCGUGCCCUCACCGUGCCAAGCGGGCAUUUCUGGCUCUGACAUGAAAGAGGACGGCGGUGAGCUGAAGGAGUACGAGUCGUUCUCAGACAAGCUGCGCCUGGUGGAGAGGCCGAAGGUCCCGGGGACUCUCGGCGCCCGCUGGGAACCGUACCUGGGCCGCGUGUUGGGUGACUGGGCGCCGGGCGAGGUGGUGGCGUUCAGUGUGUUGGCUCUGAUGGUGACUUCCGCGUCGCUCUGCUCUGUGCUCAUUUUCGGGAAGAGCUACCUGGAGUUGCCGACGUGGAGCUUCGUCCUGCUGCUGGUCAUUUUCAGCCUGGCGUUUGUCCUCAGCCUCGUCGUCAUCUCAGUCCACGAGCAGCAGAGCAACACCAAGACCUUUCAGGUUCCUCUGGUCCCACUUGUUCCUGGUGCCAGUAUCCUGCUGAAUGUGUUCCUCAUGCUGAAGCUCAGUGUGCUCACCUGGCUCCGAUUUACCAUCUGGGUGGCCGCAGGGCUGAUUGUUUAUUUCGGUUACGGUAUUUGGAACAGUAAAGAAGGUCUGAAGGAACCACAGUGCGUCUCUGCCCGCUAUGUGGUCCUGCCCAGUGGGAGCCUGGUGGAGACCGUCCAGAACGUCCAGCCAGACGGACACACUCCCACGCCCAGCGCACACACUCCCACACCGGGCUCCGACGACCCGCAAGCCAACAGAUGAUCUGUGUGUGUGUGUUUGGUGUGUCUGCAGCCACAAGCUAUUUGUGUGUGUGUGUGUGUGUGUGUGAUGUUUUCUCUGUACUGCCGCCGCCUGCUCUGCCUUCCU